AUGACCGACAACGACACAACGAACCUUACCUGCGAGUUAUGCUUCAAGUCCUAUCAGCGUCGCGACCUCUUAAUACGCCAUCGCAGGCGAUGUCAAGGCCCAAGCAACCCUCAAACCCGUCGCAAGGCAUGCAAUGCCUGUGUCCAAGCCAAGACCAAGUGCUGCUACAGUCAACCCACUUGCUCCCGGUGUGCCAAGCGGGGUCAGCCAUGUGUUUAUGUCUCCAACUCUGCCACCGACUCCUCGAUUAUGGAUUCUUUUGAACCAAGCGACGGUAGUACAGACACCCCUACAUCAGAUGCACAAGCCGCCACUUAUCAAAGUGGGACAUUCGGCGCUACUACCGAGCCCCUCGAACUACCUCUUCUUGACUCACCUAUGUCCUUAUGGACGCUAGACGCGUUUGACAUGCCGCUUUCCAAUAAUGGCAUGACCAAUCUUUCCUUCUCCAAAUCUACAGCUGUCACUGGUUCCCAUUCACGUUCAUUGUCACUUUCAUCGACUUCAUGGAACAUCCCAUUAUCCAUGUCGAUUGCCCAGCCAACAAACGACAUCACAGAAUCCUCGGGCUUUACCCCACCACUACCACCACCACCACCACCACCAUCAACGAGCUCAUUGGAGCUAGCACAGCUGAUUAGCAAAUAUCCUACUUACCUUGUCAAAGACGAAAUCACGGCGCCGUUCCUGCAUCAGGAUCUUUACAAUGAUACGGUUCCAGAUAUGACCUCUCUGCCCUUAACUACGACGGCAAUUUGCUGUGGUAGUAGCGUUAAUUUGAAAGAAAACGCCCGGUUUAUCAGUCGGGCUGUAGAUGCGGAACGGCAGAGGUUAAUUGAAGCUUUUCCAUCGUACCAUUGCAUGCAACAGUGGGAUGCACUGCAUGCUAUGCUGCUGUACGAAAUUCUGGAACUACGGGAAAGUCUCGGAGAUAAACUCGAGGCUUGGAAACACAAGUCAAAGAUUAGGGGUCUCAGGUCGCCCUUCCUCCUCAAAAUGACUCAUUGCUACGCCCAGUCAUACCCUGAAAUCCUCAACCCCGACCUCAAAGUGUUCUCAGACCCUAGUUCAGCACCUACUUCUACCAUCUCUUCUCCAUGGGCCCGAUGGAAGAUCACUGAAACGGCAAGAAGAACCAUAUUCUUUGCCAACAUUGUCAACUAUUACAUCAAUCACAAUAGUACUACAAAACAGCAAUUGCCCUACUACGAACCGCUUGAUAACGAGCUCAUCCUCAACAUGCCACUACCAUGCAGCCAUGCCGCGUGGGUAGCGCGGGAUGAACAAGAGUGGAUGAAUGCAAUACAGACCCCACCCUCUCCACUAGCGCUCCUAGGACAGGAUACUCUUCCAGGUGUUAGUUUGAAGAUAAUACUUUCAAAGUAUACAAAGGAUUACGUCCAGCGCGAACUCGGCGGAACCAUCGGCUUCGGCAACUCAGAUCAACUUAGGUCUCUUGUUAUUCUCUGCGCUAGCGAGCAAUUUACUUGA